AUGGCUGAGAUCCGUCGUAAGCUCGUCAUCGUCGGCGACGGUGCCUGCGGUAAAACCUGCUUGUUGAUUGUUUUCUCCAAGGGUACCUUCCCUGAGGUCUACGUCCCCACCGUCUUCGAGAACUAUGUUGCCGAUGUCGAGGUUGAUGGAAAGCACGUCGAGCUAGCCCUAUGGGAUACGGCUGGUCAGGAGGAUUACGACCGUCUCCGUCCCCUUUCCUACCCCGACUCCCACGUCAUCCUCAUCUGCUUCGCCGUCGACUCGCCUGAUUCCCUCGACAACGUCCAAGAGAAGUGGAUCUCCGAGGUUCUGCACUUCUGCCAGGGCCUCCCCAUCAUCCUCGUCGGUUGCAAGAAGGAUCUGCGUUACGACCAGAAGACCAUUGAGGAGCUGCGCAAGACGAGCCAGAAGCCCGUCACUCCCGAGGAGGGUGAGGAGGUUCGCAAGAAGAUUGGUGCCUACAAGUACCUCGAGUGCUCAGCCAAGACGAACGAGGGCGUCCGCGAGGUCUUUGAGCACGCUACCCGGGCUGCUCUGCUCUCCCGCACCAAGGGCCGAGGAGGCAAGCGCAGCAAGUGCCUGGUCCUGUAA